AGGAAUUCGGUUCGACUGGCAGCCCAGCUUUGCAGCGUUUGGGGUACGAAUUAGUAGAUACUCCUGUAGGUACUGGGUAGAACCUCGGAUAUCUGGACACCUUCGGCCGAUAAGCAGACUUAGGAACUAUGAAGAGAACAGCUGUUCUUUAGUUGCAUCGCUAAGAACAGUAUGAUCAUUAUUAUUGAAAGAAGGACUGCAAACAGGAUGUAUCAGAUUGCCGAACCGACGCUUGUUGACUUUGAAACUGGCCAUCUUGUGUUUCCCCACCCCGCUAAAACUGAAUCGCCUUGCUGCAUGAGCUUAAGGUUCUUCUUUUGUUUCUUCUCACAGCCGUUGACUCGGUAGUACUAGCGUGGGAAAUGAGCUUGGCUAUGCAAAAGAGAUUACAUGGCCAUAGAAACCGCUUGAACAAACCACUUUCUGAAGCACAGGGACCGUAACUUCCGGUGGGAAGAAACUAUGAUUCGAGACUUUGUCGCCCGUGACAGGGCAUGAGAGUUCUGACGCAAGUCCUCCAGGAUCAAGGUGUAUGCAGAAGACGUUGGACUAGUCAGAAUCUCAAACACUUGGUGUGUGAGAGGCGUACGAGGCGUGUUCAUGCAUCCGAUGCAGCACCCAAUAUUCUCAAGAAGCCGAGCUUGGGCGUCUGACACAGAGGAGAAGUGUCUUCCGGAAGCAACACUCUCAAAAGAGUCCAGUGUGCAGUCUGCGUUGUUGAUGGGUAGUAGUAGUAAGAUAGUAGUCAAGUUUGACCCCUCGUUUUGCCCUGGCCUCCAUCGUCCCAAAUUGGUAACAGGACCACAUCCCGGAGCUGCCUGGAAAUUCAGGUUUACUUCCAUUCGCCCUCCAGACUCCUUCAGUUUCUUCCUAAUUCUCCUUCGUCGUGUCCAUCUUCUUCUCUUUCCCUCCCUUCUUGGAUUUCGGAGAGCAUAAUUAUUUAAUCUCCUUUGAUUCUUAUAUCUGUCUGCCCAACGUACUUUCCAAUCCCCUUACCGUAAUAAUACUUCGGCGCUCCUGAUCUCCUCCAGGGUUCCAGCCUGGCUGCAGCGGCAACCCCACACCCACCCUCUCUUUUCGAUCUCGAUCCCUCCCAGUUAACUGCAAUUUUGAGCUGGCCAGCAAGGGGCAUAGAGAGCUGUGUUGAUAUUUAUAAUCUCAAACUUCGAAGCGUCGAUCAAGCAUUCUCUUAUCAAAUUACCACCACCACCGCUUUGGCAUCUCCACUCCUUUUCUUAGCUGCUCGCUUGCGCCAUCCGUCCCGCAUCGGUCCACUGGCUCGCGUUCUUCAGUGCUCCAUGCUUGACUUGACGACUCUCGUACAACCUCCGCUGGCCGCCACGACUGUCUUUGCCUCUUCCAUUCCUUCGUCUGCUGUGCAGAUUUGAGCCUCCUGUUCCCCGUCGCUAGCCGAUUGCCCUUUCGUCCUUUUCCACCAAACGGGCCCAGUCGGUGGACGUCGCCAUGGCUGACACCGCUGGCCUGAACGGCGGUCCCGUCGCCGAAGACAAUAUUAUAAACCGCCGCGGCAAUGAGGGUAUCUAUCAGAGCUGCGUCAACCUCAAGAAGCGGCUUGCAGAAGUCCCCGAUUUCGAGCCUUAUCUGCAGGAGAUGGAGGAGGAGGAUAGGGUGCAGGGAACCGCCGAUCCCGUCGCCUCGCUGUGGAAUUUCCUCCGACGUGGCUACCCUCUGUUAGCCAUCUACAACGCGUCUCUCCCGAAUGAACCCUUGGAGGUCGACACCACCAAAGUCCCCGAAGCGAGACGCCCCAAGGCGGCGACCUUUAAGUUCCUCCAAGCUGCGAUACAGGAGCUGGCCUUUCCACAGCAGGACUGUUUUCUCAUCACGGAUCUGUACGGCGAGAACACAAUCGGGUUUACCAAGGUGAUAAAGAUGGUCAAUCGCGUCCUAGACAUCCUGGAGAUGCAGGGCCAGCUGAAUAAACCAUCUGACACUGGGAUAGCCGCUCCGGCGACAGGAAGGAAGCUCACCAAGCGCGAGCACAUUUUGAAAGAGUUGUUGGAGACGGAGCGCGACUAUGUCCAUCAUCUUCAGAACCUGCAGGCGCUCAAAAAGGAGUUGGAGGACACCGGGGCUCUGACUGGUGAUGCCAGCCAUCAAAUCUUCUUGAACCUGAACAACCUCCUUGAUUUUGCCCAGCGAUUCUUAAUUCGGCUGGAACAACACUAUGCUUUACCCGAGGAAAGGCAAAACUGGGGUGAUUUGUUUACGGCCCAGGAGGAUGCUUUUCGUCAGUAUGAACCAUUCAUCGCGAAUCAACUACGGUGUGAUCAAACAUGCCAGAAAGAAUGGGAGAAGAUUCGUUCGGCGCCGCGCUCUCUUGAUCUACAGCAGAUGGUUGCGCAACAAGCUACUCUUAAUGGGUUUUUCGUCAAGCCCUUCCAGCGCUUGACCAAGUACCCACUGAUGCUCUCAGAAUUGCGCAAACAGAUGGAGGACCCGGAGCUUCAGGCUGAUAUUUCGCGCGCUAUUGACGGAAUUCAGUCUGUGCUUGAUUCUGCCAACGAUGCUAUUGACAAGGAGCAGCUAGCCUCCGCAUUUAGAGAUCUCGACGAACGAGUCGACGAUUGGAAGGCCCUCAAAAUCGAUUCCUUCGGCGACCUCCUCCGUUUUGGGACAUUCACAGUCAUCAAGGGUGACAACGGUAAAGAUUCAGAAAGAGAGUAUCACAUAUAUCUCUUCGAACGGAUUUUGCUCUGCUGCAAGGAUAUAAACCCAAAUAAACAGAAAUCCAGACUAGUCGUGGGCAGCAAGGACAAGCCCAACGCAGGCAAGAGCAAAGCUCGGCUUCAGCUCAAAGGCCGCAUCUACAUGGCGAAUGUGACUGAUAUUGUCUGGCUGCAAAAACCAGGGUCCUACCGUAUCCAGAUUUUUUGGAAAGGAGACCCUGGAGUGGUAGACAACUUUGUCAUCCGCUACCAGAAUGAAGACAUAAUGCGCAAGUGGUACAAAGACAUCAACUAUCAACGUGAAGUGCAAGCAGAGCAGCGGAUCUCCCGACAUACUGGCACCUCUGAUAGUGAAUUCACAUACUUGAGAUCCAUGACCAACAUUCCGAACCCUUAUCAGCAAGAAUAUGAUGCCGAGGAAUUGGCCACCAAAGAAGCGGGCUUCUUUUCCGAAUUUCCCAUGAGCCGCAAUGCCUCAAGUACCAGCCUCCGAGCCCGAUCUGCGACAGGCGGCAGCGGCAAUUCUGGCCCUCCACUAUCCACAAGUCGGCCCCGCUAUCCAGCAAUGCCUGACUCAACACUUUCGGUACAUACACAGUUUCCUGGCGGCAGUGCAUUCCCCGGGUCACCAGCCGAAAGGAACGCCAGUUCAUACUUUUCACCAGUCGCCGAAACCCCCUCAACCAGGUCAAGCUCCCAAUCAACAGCUGGUUAUCCAUAUAACCGCCAGUUGACUCCAGCCACCACAUGGAGCGAGGAUAGCAACCGAUACACGGCCCCUGCUUUGUCUCGUGCGACGUCCAGGGACGGCACCAACUCGACUUCAUAUUUCAAUGGCGCGCCGCCCAAUGGGCGAAGCGCCCAACGCCCCUCUUUGCCUCCCUUGUCAGCGCACAGCCAAUCGUCCAACGGCACUGCGCAGAGAAUGCGCUCUGCCAGUAGCCCUGACAUUCACCAUCACAACCCUGAAUCGCGCCGUUACAUGGGCGCACAUACAAUGCAGACGGUCGAUAAUGUGCCUGUACCACCUAUUCCUGCUCAUAUGGCCAACAUGAAGGCGCCAGUCAGUCGCAGCCAGAACAAUUCUCCAACAAAUCAUAACCUUCCGAUCCGAACUGCGAAUCAUCUUCCUUCGAAUGCCCACGCUAAUUUCACCGAGCCACAAUACUCCGAAGGGCGACCGGGCGGGCCUAAUUCUGAUCAGCCAACAUCACCAUUGAGUCACGAACCCGAGGAGGAGCCUUACAUGCCUACGCAGCUGAAGGCGAAGGUGAACUUUGACGAAAACUACGUCACGUUAGUGAUCUCAAGCAACAUCAUGUUCCGUACGCUCACCGAUCGGGUCGAUGCCAAACUCGCCAGAUUCACCAAUCGCUCGAUUGGCAAUAAGACUGUUCGUUUACGCUAUCGUGAUGAAGAUGGGGACUUCGUGACUAUCGACAGUGAUGAAGCCGUCCAGUUAGCAUUCAUGGAGUGGCGAGAGCAGCAUCGGGAUAUGCUUUCUAGAGGUCAAGUAGGCGAAAUUCAACUCUACUGUCAAGCGGUUGAAAACUAGCUACUGUCUCAUUUAACGACCAUUUAUGGAAUCUUGUUUUCCUCCCAUAUUACCUUGGCUUCCAUGUCUUGAUCUGUUCUCCGAACAGACGGAGGCAUGCCUAUGAUAUGAUGAUGUUUGUUUCAUAUUGUUCCAUUUACUUCCCAUCUAUUCGUCGUUUGGGCAAGUUGCGAUGUUUCCAAGUCCACGGACCAUGAUUGCAUGAUGUAUGUAUAACGCUGCACGUUUUCCCGCAGGCUUUUCCCAGGUGACACGAUGUAUAGUGUUCUUGCAUUGUUAGGGCUGGAUUCUGUUGUUGACCUUGGGCGGCCUUUGUUACUCUGUCCUGUCGGGGCUGCCGGGCUCUGCUCUCGUCAGCCGCCGUAGCCGGCUGAGACAAUGUUUGAUAUUGCUUUUGAUUUCAUUACGGACUAGACUUGCGUAUUAUUGCAUAUGACGAGAUUCAGCUUUCAGUGAAUGGGGAAAGUUUCAUACCAGGACCGAAUGCGCCUUAGGAGGCGGUGGACGGGGAGGAGAAAAUUUCACGCAGGUCAUCUCAUUAUACUUUCUGGGAAGCACACCACCGUUUCUGAUUCGACGCUGCCACGGGCUGGGAAGAAGCAAAAAAACGGGGCCUCAGUUUGGCCAAAAAUACCUUUGCUUUCCGAUUUCCAUGGUCCAUCUCGUCUUGUACGUUGUAUAUCUUGACAAAACUCCAGGAACAUUUGAGUAUCGGCUUCCAAGCCUCUCGGAUCCUCUCCGACGGGCCCAGCCGAUCGGGAUUAUAGGCCCA